GCAGUCUCCUUGGUUACAUUUUGUACACGGAGUGUUGUGUGUUCUUUUCAAUGGCGGCAGAAAGCAAAAUAAAAAGCAGAAUGUUUCCUGUGGCUGAGCUACCUGCAUCAAUCAGGACGCACCAAAUCACGGCUUGAAGAGGUGGCGUGCUAUUCAGAGCCGUUCAGUUGUUUUUAACCACCUGUCACACUUCCUUCGGAGGCAGAGGUUAGUGAGAGAUGAGUGGGAGAGAUCUGCGUGCAUUUCUAGCGGGUCAUCGGGCUGAGGACACAGAGAAGCUGACCCAGAGACUGAAGAAUGGCCUGGGCCUCGCCAAAUACAAACCCGUUCAGUACGAGGAGCUUCAGGCCAUGGUGGAGGCCAAGAGACUCUCAUCUGAGCACAUUGAGUACAAGGUGAAGAAGACUCUGCGUGCAGCUCAGGAGAGGAAAGAGAGCAGCUUGCUGCGACAGCACAGGCAGGUGUGGACCUCAGAGGCCCAUAGACUUGACAUAGCCAGAGAGAGAGCAGAGGCUGAUAUCAGGAGCUUUCUGAACAGAAACAGCUUGGAGGUCCAGGAGGAUGGAGACGUUCUGAGUGAGCUACUGGAGUAUGAGUUGCAUUUGGAGCAGGAGCGUAAGGCCUUUCGAUUGGCCACAGUAGAUCCAGUGUGCCAACUAAGAGAGGACCUUCUCUACAGAAUGACAUCAGGACCCCCAGCAGCCAAUCAGAAUUCAGAGUGGGAGCAAGUCCUUCAGCAGGUGGUAUUUGUGAAGGAACAGCAGCAGGCUCUGAUGGGCAAGCUGGAAGAGGAGGGUUUUUCACUCCAACAGGAGCUUUCUGCUUCUGGACUGGAGGCCAGUCUGGACACUGCAGCAGUGGAUGAGUGUGUAGCCGCUCUGGUGAGGGUGCCGCAAGAGGUCCUGACCGCAGACUGCCCUUACACUGACCUCAAACUGUCCCUCAUCACUGCCUUUCACUCCCUAUCAGACAAAUACACACAACGCCUGGAGACAGUGCACAACAGACUGCUGGGCAUGGACAGGAACUGUGGCUGGUGUGAAGAGGACCACCUGCGUUUCCUGCACACUGUGUGCCAGUAUUGUCCACAGCUGAGGAACCACAGAGGCCUUUGUAUGGACAUGCUCCACAGAGUUUUACCCCACAUCCCCACGGCAGAGCUGAGUGCUCACAGGCGGAGCUGGGACUGGUACAGGUUCAGUGAAGCACGUGAGAGGCUGCUGUUGGAGUGCUGGAGCAAGGACUGGACUGCGCUGCUGCUCCGUGCUCUGGAGGUGCUGGAGGAGGCCAGAGACAAGCAUAGAGAACAGCAGAACCUGCAGAAGCAUCGCACACACCAGCAACACAUUUGUGCUCAGCUUAGACAGAAGGUGCAGCAGUGGCGUGAGCAGCAGGAGGAAAUUGCUCAUCUGGAGGCAGCUAUAGCAGCACGGUGGGAGGAGGAGGAGAAGGAGAGACAGAGAGAGGAGCAGGAGAGAGAGGACACCAAGAGGAGCAAACAGAAACAACAGGUGCGUGAGUUUCGUGAGGAGCAGCAGAGGAGGACAGUGGAGUGGAGGAGGAGGGAGGAGGAGAGACUGACACAGCUCAGGGGAGAGAUGGAGGAACAAGCUCGGAGAGAUAAAGAGAGAGUGUGGUUCAGGGAGAGGCUGCUGGAGCAGAAAAAACAGGAGCAGGAAGAUAAAGACAGACUAAAACAGAGAGAGGAAGAGGACAGAGAGGAGAGACUGAAGAACCUACGCAAUCAGGUUGCUGUGGUGGCAGAAGCAGACCCAGAGAGGAUGAUGGGACAAACCGAAGCGUGGAGAAUCCAUCUUCAGCCUGAGAAAGAAGAGUUUACACUGCAGAAACCCCUGUAUCACUUACACACAUAUACAGAUACACAGAUUGUGGCUGACCCCAGGGUGCGUAUAGAGCAGGCGCUCAGGACGGCCGGCCUCCACCACACGCCCUACGCCAGAGCGCUCCUCUCUGAGAUCCGGCCACCAAAGCCUCCCCGAAGGGACACAGAGUCCACCGUCCUCAGGUCCUAACUGCACAGUUAACGUUAAUGCAAGCCAAGGCCUUGAGACAGAUUUGUUAAUGUUUCACAUCCAGCCCAGGCACAGAACCAAAAACAGCAAAAUAAACCAGGAUGCCCCAGACGUUUGCCCUCAAACGAGUACAGGGAGACAGCCAGAAAGAGAAAAGAUCAUUUUCCCCUAAAAUGUACUGCUGUAUAUUGCUCUAAAAAAUUAAAUAUUCAUUUUAAAUGUGAA